AUGGUGAAUGAGGCCAAGAAACAAACGCGUCCACGUUUAAGUCAGCACAUUACAGAAAUUCUGAUAAGUUUUUUUGAGAGAACGCCAAAACCAACACCGGACCAAAAAGAGGCCUUGGCACAACAGGCAGGAAUAACAUCGCGUUCCGUUCAGAUAUGGUUCCAAAAUAAACGCGCUAAGUUGAAAAGAGAAAUGAGAGAAAUGAAAAAUUUCAUUUACAAUAAAAAUGUGAUUUUUCCACUGCUGAACAGCCUUUUAAUACCCAAGCUUGAUUUAAGAUCACGCAGACCUUUUUGUGAAGAAGAUUUAAAUAUAUUAUCAUUCUUAAAAUAUAAAAAGAACUACAAAUUUCACGACUGUACAAUUACCUGUAAUCGAGCCGUAUUUAAGCCUAUUGUUGAGGAUAAAGUGGCAAAAUUGAGUAGCAAGACCAAGCUAUGCAAACCAAGCAAAUCAUUAAGUCGAUGA